AUGGCGAAAGUAGCAGUGGUGACUGGUGCUAACAAGGGCUUAGGUUUAGCAUUGGUGAAGGGUCUGUGUCAGGAACUAAAUGGAAUCGUAUACUUAACAUCUCGGGAUCUAAAAAGAGGGCUUAAAGCGUGCAACAUCUUGAAAUUCCAAGGUCUUGACCCGGAAUUCCAUCAUUUAAAUAUUACAGACAACGAGGGUAUACAGGAAUUUGUUAAAUUUAUCAAAGACAAACAUGAGAAAAUAGACAUUUUGAUAAAUAAUGCCGGUGUAUUGUUUUUGAAAGACGCUCCAGAACCGAAAACGUUUCAAGCCGAACAGACGCUUCUAGUGAAUUUUUACUCUUUGGUCAAUUUCACUGAAGCUAUGCUACCGUUAAUAAGGGAAAACGGUACUAUUCUAAAUAUAUCUAGUUCAAGACUUAAAAGAAAUGGUCCAAGAGUAUCUGAAGAGUGUGAAGAUGAAUACAGAUACCAAAGUUUGGGGCUCAUCACCGUACGUCGUAUCCAAAGUGGCUGUAAUGCUUAUACAUUUAUGCUGAACAGGAGAUUAGCACCAUCACAUAUCACAGUUAACUGCGUACACCCUGGCUACGUUAUAUCGGACAUGACAAAUGGAGCUGGAUCUAUAACUCCAGAGCAAGGCGCUGUUAUACCACUACAACUCGCUCUACAUCCUGAAAACGGUGGCUUGUAUGUAUGGCAUGAUGGUUCUCGCGUACCUUGGGAUGGACCGGAUCCAAGAGGAUAUAUUGAUAGAAUUUUGUGA